AUGGAAGUUGGAGAGGUGGCCUGGAAAGCAGUUGGAGAGAUGAACUGGAAGGCAGUUGGAGAGUUGGCCUGGAAAGCAGCUGGAGAGGUGGCCUUCAAGGCAGCUGGAAAGGUGGCCUGGAAGGAAGUUGGAGAGGUGGCCUGGAAGAAAAUGAUUAACUGUAUAAUCAAAGUGGCAUUAUUUGUGGCUUGUGUGCUGACUGUCCGCUGCAAAGAAGCGGCGCCGGGAUCCUUGAACCCUUUGCCGGGAACGGAGACGCAAACCGUAGCUCAGGAAACUUGCACUUCGUGUGGCAUCGGUCAGCCCGAGGAAUCGGGACGGGUGGACAUUGACUUUCUGGAGGCGGUGAAAAGGCAUAUCUUGAGCAGGUUACAGAUGAGGGUAAGACCCAACAUCACCCAUCCUAUCCCGAAGGCGGCGAUGGUGACUGCGCUUCGGAAACUCCACGCCGGUAAAGUCCGCGAGGAUGGGAGAGUAGAAAUCCCGAAUCUGGAUGGACACGCGACCAGAAAUGCCAAUGACGUGCUGGAGGAAAGCUCGGAGAUAAUCAGUUUCGCAGAGACAGAUGAGCUGGUAUCAUCUAAAUCCAGCCUGUUUUUCCUGAUCUCUAACGAGGGAAAUCAGCACCUGUAUGUGACCCAGGCCACCUUGUGGCUGUAUUUAAGGCUGCUUCCUAACACCCUGGACAAGGGCCAGCGGAGGAAGGUCACAGUCAAGGUGUACUACCAGGAGCCCGGCCUGGGCAGCAAGUGGAACCUGGUGGAAAAGCGUGUCGAGCUGAAGAGGAGCGGUUGGCACACCUUCCCCCUGACCAACGCUAUCCAGAUGGUGUUCGAGAAGGGCGGCCGGCGGCAGAACCUGGACGUGCGCUGUGAGGGCUGCGAGGACCUGGCGGUCUUACCGAUCCUUGUGAACCAGAACGACGAGUCCCACAGGCCGUUUCUAGUCGUACAGGCCCGGCAAGCAGACAACAAGCACCGCAUCAGGAAGAGGGGGCUGGAGUGUGACGGGAGCAGUAGUCUGUGCUGCAGACAGCAGUUCUACAUAGACUUCCGCCUCAUCGGCUGGAACGACUGGAUCAUCGCGCCGUCGGGGUACUUUGGGAAUUACUGCGAGGGCAACUGUCCAGCGUACAUGGCGGGAGUGCCAGGGUCGGCGUCGUCCUUCCACACUGCAGUGGUCAAUCAGUAUCGGAUGAGAGGCAUGAGCCCCGGCUCCAUGAACUCCUGUUGCAUCCCCACCAAGCUCAGCACCAUGUCAAUGCUCUACUUCGACGAUGAAUACAACAUCGUCAAGAGAGACGUACCCAAUAUGAUCGUGGAGGAGUGUGGAUGUGCUUGAGUUGAGACUGCAUGUGCUU